CGCCGACGUCGCAGUCGAGGGGGAGCAGGGCUGCCGGAGCUCGCACGGAUGCGCAGUCGGAGGGACGACUGGAGGAGAGUAGGAGGUAGGUACGCUGGGACAGGGUGAUGUCGCCGGCGACGGCAGGGCCAGUCGGCCGGAGCUGGAUUGAUCCGGAGGCGCUCAGCAAGAGAGGCGGACAGCGGACCGAUGGAGAAGGGAUCGGCAUCGGGCAGCUCGAAGACCCAAAACGGCUGCCUCAUCAUCUACCUCACCGUCUCUCCUCCAGUACGCGGAUGCUCUGCUCGACCUCUUCCUCGUCAUGGCUGCUCAACAAAAUAAGCAGGAGCAGCCGGUGCAGCCGAGCGUCUGCCUUAGGCUUCAGCAGGACAUGGCGUUCAACGGUGGAUGCAGGCGGCCUAUGCCAAGCUGGUGCGGGCGGGCUGCUGUCGUUCAUCUACCCCACGCUGCAGCUGCUGCGGCACGGCGUCCGGCUAUUCGGCGACCAGGACCUGCAGAGCAAGGUUGGCCUGCUCAUCGACUAUGUUGGGGAUCAGGAUCUAAUCUCUCCCAUGGCGGUCGGCGGCGCUCUGGCCGUGGAGGCCUGCUCCUCAUGCUCCUCCUCUGGAUCUAAUUCUUGAUUCUUGCGUCGGUCUGAACUGUGCGAUUUACGUUUCGUCAGAGGUCUGUUCUUGGGAUUCUGGUGCUGUUGAUCUCGUCAAGGGCCUCAUCUGCUUUCUUUCAUCUUGUGAAGGGUUUCUUUUCUACGGUUGGUGUCAGCAGUCAGCUCAUCUCCUGGUUCAUCGUCCAGUAUUUGCACUCCUCUGAUCAACUUGCUAAGGAUUUCCUAAUGGAUCCUGUACACAUUCCACCAAGGGUUAUUUUGGAUGCUAUGCUGAACACACUCUAUAGCUCCCAAAAGCUGUGUACUACACCCAGCCUACAGGAGACAUUGGUAUAGAGACUGAUUGAGUAUUAUCCAUCUCUGCAGCACUUGCCAAAGAGCACUGUCAAGAGAUUUGUUUGUCAGUCUGAGUCAUCUUGCUACUUUUGCAGGUUUAUUUGCAUAUGAAAUCACCAGAAUUUUCGCCAUGGCUCUGGUUCUUGACAUGGUGCUUAAAAGCACUCAUCCCAUCUUGAUUAUUCGCAUACAGUUUUUUGUUUUUGUUUUUACUGAUUCACUUCUAUCGACAUAUUUUUAUGUCCCUUUUUAUGACCAGCUUGGUCAUUUGGUCUGGAUGGAGUCAUUCAACUCGGAAAGAAAAAAGAAUUUGAGAAUGCUUUAUCUUUCAUGCAAUAGUUGCGGUCAAUUGUUCUUGGUUUUUCCUGUAGUAGUUGAUAAUCAGUCUGAACAAUAGUAGUAAAGCCAAUAGCAGUUAAUUUGAGACGACUUUUAUCUUCCCUACAGUAGUUAAGGUUGAUUGUUCUUAGUUUUCCCUGUAGUGUUUAAUUUGAUUGUUCUGAGCAUUCAAAUUGUACUCUGUUUCUCUCCUACUCUUUUCUGACAAAUGUUAUUAUCUGUGCUUCAUUACUACUCUCUCUAAAUCAUGUGAGAGUUGAAUGAUGUUGCAGGAUAACUAUUGAUGGUGAAAAGAUUGUGGUUUUUUAUACUGGUAUAGGGGGAGUAUAAUACAAAUGGUCCUUCAAAUCCAGUUGGAAGCUCCUCCCUGUAAUUGAUGAAGGCAGGAUUUACUAUUUCUAGGGAGUAAGAGGUUUAUUUGUUGAACCAUGAUAUCUAAGGGAGUAAGAGGCAACGUCCAGGGGUAUCUAAGAGAGCUGGUCCAGGCUUGAUGGAAAUCGCUUAGUACAUUCAUGGGAUCACAAACUUUUGGCGUUGGUUGAGAUUAGUGACGCGGGACCAUUAAUAACUAGAAGACUGUGACAAUUAACUUACUGUUUCAUGAAUUAGAGAGGCUGGGUUGGACCAACUCCAUGUUACAGGCCCUUUCCUCAUUGCAUUUCUC